CUCUGGAAUGUUAACAAUGCAGUAAGUGUCCAACUUUGUACUGCAUUCUAAUUCUGCCGUGAGUGGCGAGAAAAUGGAGGACAAUCCCAUGAUUUUCACUGUGUGCUUUUCAUGAGAGGACAUCGAAAGACGAUCCCUGGGCGACAAAAUACCAGACAGAUAAUCUACAACUUUACUGAAGUUUAAAUCAGUUCCCUGGAUUAAGGUACCACUUCAAUCACAUGGCAAAGAUGCAUACCAGACUGGAAUGGAACAAGUACGCAGACGUAACCCCUCUCAUGUCUUGGAAGGAGGGGGAGUGUGAGCCCUGAACGGGGUGCUGGGAUGUGAGUAGGCCAGCAUCCAGCACGAGCCAGAGCCAAAGAGGCAGCAGCAACAAAGACGAGCGACAACAGGAAUCCUAAUCUUCCCUUGCAUCUUUCCCACUGCGGCCUGUUAUCUUUUCAGGUCAGACUGAGCCUGGUGUGAAGAAUUUGUGUGUGAGAGUACGGGCCACGUUCACUCAUGAGGCCUAAGACCUUCCCUGCCGCCCCAUAUGUGGGCAACACGCGCCAGCGUCUGCAGGACAUCAAGGAGGGACUGAAGCAACCUGCGAAGUUGGUGAGCCAGGCGCUUCAUGGUGGGAGCUCUCGAGGGGAAGGGGGCAGAGGUGGGGACUCGAAGGGCAAAGACCAGGCUGGUAGGCAACAACAGCUCCGGCAGCCUCAGAAGUUCAACAACUACCAAAAUGCCCUGCGAGAGAUCCGCAAGUCUCUGUUGCCUUUUGCAAAUGAAUCAGGCCCAGGAUCCAGUUCAGGACAUCCUGGUGAAGUCAAUAGACAGAUGCUACAGGACCUCGUCAACGCUGGCUGUGAUCAGGACAUGGCACUCCGUGCCCUAAAACAGACUGGCAGCCGUAACAUUGAGGCAGCAUUGGAAUACAUUAGCAAAAUGGGUUACCUGGACCCUCACAAUGAACAGAUUGUACGUGUUAUCAAACAGACUUCGCCAGGAAAAACUGGCAUGCCAAAUUUAAUGGACCACAGAGGAGCAAUGGAGAGCACUGGGGAUGGUGCAAUGCCACCUUAUCACCAAAUGGGAGCACCGCUGUAUGAAGGUGGUGGUUAUGUGGCAGAGGGUGAGAUGGCUCGUGCAUACAUGGGUGGACCACCUGUCAUGAACUACAUGCCACCGCCUGCCAACACUUCACAGGGUCCUACCAUGGGAAACCCGAUGGGUCGUCCUGCAAGUAUGGGUGCCUACUCCACAAGCAUGGCCCCUCAAACCAACCCUGGGAACCCUAUGUACACCCCUGGUCCAGCCCAGCAAAAAGGAUACCCUGGUGGGAUGGACCAGGCCAUGAUGGGCUAUAGUGUGCCUGGACCACCCAUGCAAAUCCAGCCUCAGCCCUCGGGAGGUCCUGGCACUCAUUAUGACUACAGGCCUCAUAUGAUAGAAGCCCCCAGCUAUGGGGUAAAAAGAAGUGCUUCCUUCCAGAACAAGAUGACCCCACUAACAUCCGAAAAUUAUGUGAACAUGCCAAGCAAAGGAGCAAUGGGCCAAAACGCUGGUGGCUACCCUCCCAACUUAUAUCUUCCACCACAUUCGCACCCACGCCAAGCCAGUCCCACCUCACACCAGGUUCACAUGAUGCAGCGCUCCCCUGGUGUCACCCCUGGAGCUAUGGGUGGUGAGUUUUCUGAUGUUCCUCAAGGCCUCCUCACUCCUUCCAGGGCCAGUCUGAACCUUGACCUCUAUGAGCAUCACUGGCCAGGACCCCAAGGUCCUGAGGGGACUCCUCCAGCCAGGCAGCCACAAGGGCCCUUUAGAGGGGAGGUACGUGUCCCCAGUAGGACCAACUCUUUUAACAACCACCAGAAGGUGACCGUGAGGCAAGCAUUGCCUCCUGCAGCUAGUGUUGCUAGUAAGCAGGAUGCAUCUUUGGGUCCUCCUAACACAAUAACUGCAGUGACCUCUCCACCAAUCCAGCCACCGGUUAAGAGUAUACGGGUCAUGAGGCCUGAGCCGAAGACAGCAGUGGGACCAUGCCAUCCAGGUUGGAUGAGUGCACAAGCCCAGGAAGCACCAGAGUCUCAUGGAUACAUGUCAGAUGAGACUUUUACCCUGGAGCCCAGUCAAGAACACCGCUGUCCACCUCCACCCUACCCCAAAACACUGCUCCUACCUGGGUCUGGACCUGGAACUGAACCUGCAUCUCUGGAGACUGUAGCCAUGGGUGGACUUCAAGAUGCCAAUGCUACAAGUAGAACUGUCCAGAGUGCUCCAGUAGUAAAGCAAGAGGAACCUGUCUCCAAAGACAAAGUGAAGCCAGGCAAGGCAGUGAAGGAUAAGAAGCAGAUUCAAACCUCACCUGUGCCUGUGCGAAAGAACGCCCGCGAUGAAGAGAAGAGGGAAUCGCGCAUUAAGAGUUAUUCUCCCUUCGCCUUUAAGUUCUACAUGGAGCAGCAUGUGGAGAACGUGAUGAAGACCUAUCAGCAGAAACUCAACCGCAGGAUGCAGCUGGAGCAAGAGAUGUCCAAGGCUGGCCUUUCAGAGGCAGAGCAGGAACAAAUGAGAAAGAUGCUUUACCAGAAGGAAUCCAACUACAACCGACUACGACGUGCCAAGAUGGACAAGUCGAUGUUUGUCAAAAUCAAGACACUCGGCAUUGGGGCCUUCGGUGAGGUGUGUCUUACGCGCAAAGUGGACACCGGGGCCCUGUAUGCCAUGAAGACUCUACGAAAGAAAGAUGUUCUCAACCGAAACCAAGUAGCCCAUGUGAAAGCAGAACGAGACAUCUUGGCAGAGGCUGACAAUGAGUGGGUAGUCAGGUUGUACUACUCAUUUCAAGACAGAGACAGCCUGUACUUUGUCAUGGAUUACAUUCCUGGAGGAGAUAUGAUGAGCUUGCUGAUCCGUAUGGGGGUAUUUCCAGAGCCCUUAGCCAGGUUCUAUGUGGCAGAACUAACGCUGGCCAUCGAAAGUGUGCAUAAGAUGGGCUUCAUCCACAGAGAUAUCAAGCCGGACAACAUCCUCAUUGACCUGGACGGACACAUCAAACUGACUGAUUUCGGUCUGUGUACUGGGUUCCGUUGGACUCACAACUCAAAGUAUUACCAGAAAGGGAACCAUAUCCGGCAAGAUAGUAUGGAGCCGAGUGACUUUUGGGAUGAUGUGUCUAACUGCCGUUGUGGUGAUCGGCUGAUGACUUUGGAACAGCGGGCAACUCGUCAACACCAGCGUUGCCUGGCACACUCUUUGGUCGGCACUCCUAACUACAUCGCCCCUGAGGUGCUUCUGCGCAAAGGAUACACACAGCUGUGUGACUGGUGGAGCGUUGGAGUAAUCCUGUUUGAGAUGCUGGUUGGCCAGCCACCCUUCCUGGCUCCAACCCCAACAGAGACCCAGCUUAAGGUGAUAAACUGGGAGAACACUCUGCAAGUGCCUCCACAAGUAAAACUAAGCCCAGAGGCAGUUGACAUCAUUGGCCGACUCUGCUGCUCAGCUGAAGAGCGUCUAGGAGGCAACGGGGCCGGAGAGAUAAAGGCUCACCCAUUCUUUGCGGAGAUGGAUUUCUCCAGCAAUCUCCGCACACAACCUGCUCCAUACAGACCGAAGAUUGCCCACCCCAUGGAUACAUCCAACUUCGACCCUGUGGAAGAGGAAGGGGGUCCAGGGGCCUGGAGCGACAGUGGAGACAGCACCCGCACUUGGGACACCCUCUGUUCUCCUCAUGGCAAACACCCUGAGCAUGCCUUCUAUGAGUUCACCUUCCGAAGGUUUUUUGAUGAUAACGGCUGCCCAUUCCGUUAUCCCAAGCCCCCCGAGGCAACGCAGGAUCUGUCCAGCAGUAGUGGGGCUAGUAGCCUGAAGCCUGAGCUGGAGGAGGAAGAGAUUCAUGAGGAGGAAGAGCAAGGGGAAGGAUGUGAGCCGGUUUAUGUGUGAGAAAGUUGGAUCGUGUGUUAAUGCUGCUCUGCCUUUACCCAUAGAGGACCUCGCCAGUUAACACGCUGCAUCUCCUACACUUCCUUUAACCCUACUUUUUCUUCAGGGUGUUUUUGUACAGGUUCAAUGAAUGGAAGAACAUCAGAAAUGGAGUGCAGAAAGUUCCAUGUGAAGUGUUUAUUCCUCCAAAAGCAUUAUGCUGUAUCCUUUGCCUGUUAAAAAAUGACUGAAGCUCUGACCUGGGACCAAGGAAAUACACAAGAUACGCAGCUUAGUUCACGGGGACGUUGAUGUGACUGAUACUUUGGCUACUCUCCUAUGAGAGCACAAAAACAGAUGUGUGUAGCUGCUGCUCUGUGGUUUGUCAGUCAAACCACUCUACUCUUAUGGUUAGUGUGGUCUGUGCCCCAUUCCUUUAUUCCACUGGGGGAAAAAUAUCCCAGUCUUACGUCAUAUUUUAACACUUCCUUCACCUCUCUGAGCCUGGUGAUGCUAACACAGCCAUUCCAAACACCAGAGGUCAUGGUGAGGGAUCAGAAGAGAGCUGGGCUUGGGAUGGUGGCUCUAUGGUCAGGUUGUGAUUUGGAGAUGUACGAAGGGCAGAGAAAAACAUCACAAUUCUCCACCAUAGUGCAAUCAUGCAAAAAUACAAAUGCAUAUUCAUAUGCAAUUCAGAAACAUGCUGAGUUAUGGAAGCCAGAUUUGCAGAUUUCCUAUCGUAUGAUCCCAAUCAUUUUCACUUUGUUUGUCUAAAACAAAAAAUGUGUUUUAGAAGAUUUUAUGGUGCCACCAAGUGGUUCAAAGUGAAACUGUAAACAGUCAUGCGGAUUCUACAUUAUGAACUGACAGUAUUAGGUCACUUCUUUGUGCAAAAUCUGUCCAAAAGAUCAUGCGCUAUUUUGCAGUUAAUACACUAAUCACAGCCUUUUUGUAAAUAUUAUACAAUUGUGCUUUAUUUUGUUUUGUGCCUUAUCAGGUCAAACGGUGCUCUCAGACAUGACACAAAAUUGAGACAAAAUGUUUUACGUACAGCCAGCACUUCAAGGACAUGGGAUCUUAAAACUCCCAUUAUUGUUAACGGUUUUAUAUAAACAUCUUUUAAGUGUUUAAACAACCUAUUACUUCAGAGAUUAAUUCUGAGGUCAUAAUGUGUGGUAAUAAAGAAUGUCACAAAUUCGCAAUAUGGAAAAUUAAAAAGGCCUAAACCUGCAAUUUCUUUGCUUAUGCAUGCUUCUGCAUGCAUGGUAGCAUUCAUUCAUUCAGACUAAAUGCCAUACAAAACAUUGCGAUAUUAUUUUAAUUUUGCGCAAGUGUGUUAGUGUAGUUGCCAAAGUAUUGUUUUAUUCAAUUGAUAGCAAACAUUUAUCUUACCUGGCUUGAUUUCUUUUGUUUAAAGGCUUACUAAACCUGUCCGUAAUAGUUGCUUUACAUUCAUCUGCUGCUUUAAGUGUAUCUAAGAUGUGCAUCACACAUUGUUUUUAGAGGUGUGCUGCAGACAUGCAGCUGUCCAUCCAGAACGAAUCUGCAACAUAACAGUUUUAGCUUAAAUUUAACCAGACAAAAUUACAAGAGCUGGGUUUCCAGCUACUUCCUUUUCUUGUUACGCAGAAGACUUUAUAUGCGUUUCAUUGUAUAACUCUGUCUCUUCCUGUUUCCCAGAAUAUCUUAAUUGCAUUUAGUUUCAUAAGAAGAUCUUAAAAGUCAGACGGGUGGUUUUUGUUGUGUGUGUUCAUGCUCAUCCAGAUCCACUGGAAAUGAUCUUGUCUGUCACCAUCAGUGAACUCUGAAGCAGAUUUAUUAGAACAAGUGCAAAAAUGUUUUGUCAUCGAGGCUGCUGCACCAUUUCAAAGCGAUCACACAGUGCAGUAUUAUAACAAGACAGUCUACGACUGAAAUGUAAAGAAUACUCUUAAGCAGAAAUGGUGAAAAAGUGGCGAAAGAAAAGGCAAAUGUAUCUGAUGGUAUGACUAUGUGCAAUACAAAAAAUACAAUAUAUAGUUUUCUAAAUACAACAAAUAGCCUUUAUAACUUUAAAACUGAAUUAUGCUAUCUAAAAGUAUAUAUUAUAUUGAUUUAUAUAUGUUCAGUAUAGUUUCAUGACCCAAUGCUGCUUAUUGUUAUUAAUAUUACACUAUAAAGUAUCAUUAUCACCAUACUUUCAUUUAUACUUUCUCUCUCUUUUUGUAUAAAGUGUGGUUUUGAUUGUCAGUGUGUAAGACGAACUGUGUGCCUUCAAAUGAAUGUGUGGGUGUGUGUACCACGUGCUGAUCAGUAUUUCAGGAGGAGAUGGGAAAGGCCUUCACUUCUUGCUCUCAGGCCGGUCCUGAGCGUAAGAGAGAGGGUGUUUUUGGUGGGACAGCUUGAGAAAGACAAAAAAGAUACAAGAAUGAAUGAUUGUCAUUGAGACUCUGAAGGAGAUGUGUAUGGAUGUCAUAGCAGGAUGAAUAUGGAAACGCAUUGUAUCAUUGAUCAGUGAUGAGGAUUGUUUGAUAAGUCCAUUUAAUAUUGUCUUUCUGAGAUCUAAUCAUUUGUAGUGAUGGUGUCACCGCAUAAAAUGUUCUCUGUAUUAAUUAUUAUCUCUCAAGCUGACUGACAAUCAUGUGGUUACGUGCUUGCAGUCGAUAUUGUCAAACAACCCGUACGACCGCUGACUGGAAAAGCUUUAGAAAACAGUCGAUGAUGAUCAGUUUUAUAUAUUGUAUCAGUACGAUCACUCCUAAAAAUUAAGUGAAACCUUAACAAAUAUAUUGUAGUGUAAACGUAUGUACCAAAUCAAAUUGGUUUCGUGCCGCUGGUCAAUCAAACAAGUUGAUUGAGCUCCAUGGAGUGUGAAAGCAAGUGUGGCAGAUGUUUUGCUACCCCAUAUUUGUGAAGAACGGACCACUCAGUGAAAAAGCAUGAGUUUUCUAUGAAUCUCUCACGGAGUCAGGUUUAGGGUUUGAAUGUAAUGCGUGUGUUGUGCUUAGGAUGGAUUCUGUGUUUUACUUUUGAAAAUGUUGACUGACAAUCUUUGACUGUAUUUAGAACUGUGUGAUGAUGGGACUUUUUCCUCUAAUGUAUGUUUUUGUAUUUUAAUGGAUGAAUGGGUUGGGACUUUUUGACGUUUGUAAUCUUUUAACUGUAUUAUAUAAUACUGUUACUAUUGAACAUAUAUUUAUACAGAUAUACAUAUUUUUUGUAUCCUUUUAUUCUUAUGUUUCUCUUUUCUGAGCUAACUUUUGAACCCCCUUGUCUACAGUAUUACAGACAGUAUGCAUUCUGAUUUAUAUCUAAUUUUUUACAUGUAUGUAUGAAUUGAGAAUGUUUAAGAAAUGCUUUCACUGUCCUCAUGUGUAAAUGUAUAUGUCUAAAUUAAAUUAAACAAAUCA